GUAUUGUGUUGUUUAGUGAGUGGGCGUUUACUUUUUUGUCACGAUCCCCGAGGAACUAAAUACCGGAAGCCGAAAUUCCCGAAACACCCCUCCCUGGUUUGACUUAAACGACAUUAUGCCGAUGCAUAGAUACACAUUGCAGGAAGGGUAACGAAUCUGAAGUCGAAAUUAUAAGUUUCUUUGGAUGUUGGGAUUGUGGGGGAUGGAGUGUGUGGCGGAGAUGACGAAGGUGGCGCAGCAGAAGGGGAGUGAUCCUCUGCUUUGGGCCGUUCAGAUGUAUUCCAAUUUGAACUCCGCCGGAGAGUCUCUACCCUCCCUCCAACUCGCCGAGUUUUUGGUCUCUUACAUUUGCUGGGAUAACAAUGUCCCUAUUCUAUGGAAGUUUCUCGAAAAGGCAUUGACGCUUCAGAUCGUUCCUCCUAUGCUUCUCCUCGCUCUCCUUUCUGUCAGGGUUAUUCCAUGUAGACAUGUCCAACCUGCAGCGUAUAGGCUAUAUUUGGAACUUGUCAAAAGACAUGCUUUUGAACUUAAAUCUCAGAUAAACAGGCCAGAUUAUCAAAAGGUCAUGAAAUCUAUAGAUGCUGUUCUUCAUCUUUCCAACAUAUUUGGCAUGCCACAAAGUGAGCCUGGCAUUCUGGUGGUUGAAUUUAUUUUUUCAAUUGUCUGGCAGUUGCUUGAUGCAUCAUUGGAUGAUGAAGGUUUACUGGAAUUUACUCCUGACAAAAAGUCUAGAUGGGCUACACUAUAUCAUGACAUGGAACUGGAUAGGCAUGAUAAUUAUAGUGAACAAAGGACUGAACAUCAUGAGAAAUUGCAAAAUGCAAAUACACUUAUGGCUGUUGAGAUGAUUGGGCAGUUUUUGCAGGAUAAAAUAUCUUCAAGGCUUCUUUACUUGGCUCGCCAAAAUUUGCCUGCACAUUGGCUUAGUUUUACUCAGAGGCUGCAGCUGCUGGGUGCAAAUUCAUUAGCAUUGAGAAAAUCAAGAACUCUAAGUCCCGAGGCACUUCUGCAAUUGACUUCAGAUUCUUGUAUGGUCUUGUCUCGGGAAUGCAAAACAAAUUCACAGAAAAAGUUCCAAACAGUUAUGUCUUUUGAAUAUCUUUCUUCUUCUGCCUCACUAUGUCAUGGUGCAAGUCAUUCUGCUCUCUGGAUUCCUCUUGAUCUGGUGCUAGAGGAUUCCAUGGAUGGCUAUCAAGUUAGUGCAACAAGUGCCAUUGAAACAAUUAGCGGUUUGAUAAAGACCCUGCGAGCAAUAAAUGGCACCUCUUGGCAUGACACAUUUUUAGGCCUUUGGUUGGCAACUCUUCGUCUUGUUCAAAGGGAAAGAGAUCCUAUUGAUGGCCCAAUGCCUCAUCUUGAAACUCGCUUAUGCAUGCUCUUGUGUAUCAUACCUCUUGUUGUUGGCGAUCUUAUUGAGGAGGAGGAGGAAAGGACACCGGUUGAUGAAAAAGACAAUGGUCCUACAGGUUGCUGGAAAGAGAAAAAGGUUGCAGGAAAAUGUCGUGAUGAUUUAGUCUCAAGUCUCCAGGUAUUGGGUGAUUAUCAAAGCUUGCUCACUCCACCUCAACCUGUUCUUGCUGCUGCAAAUCAAGCUGCUGCAAAAGCAAUGCUAUUUGUUUCUGGCAUCACAAUAGGGAGUGCAUAUUUUGACUGUCUCAACAUGACAGAGAUGCCAGUUGACUGUUCUGGAAACAUGCGUCAUCUGAUAGUUGAGGCUUGUAUUGCCCGCAAUCUACUGGACACAUCCGCAUACCUAUGGCCAGGUUAUGUAAACGGACGUAUCAAUCAAAUACCUCAGUGUAUGCCAGCUCAAGUACCUGGCUGGUCAUCAUUUAUGAAGGGAACCCCACUUACUUCAGUGAUGGUUAAUGCUUUGGUUUCAAGUCCUGCUACAAGCUUAGCAGAACUGGAGAAGAUUUUUGAAAUUGCAAUUGAGGGAUCUGAAGAUGAAAAGAUAUCUGCUGCUGCCAUUCUUUGCGGGGCAUCCCUAAUUUGUGGAUGGAAUAUACAGGAACACACUGUACAUUUCAUUCUUAGGUUGUUAUCUCCACCAGUUCCUGCAGAAAACACUGAAGGAAACAACUAUUUGAUUAAUUAUGCUCCAAUACUGAAUGUACUCUUUGUUGGAAUUGCAUCUGUUGAUUGUGUGCAAAUAUUUUCACUCCAUGGCUUGGUUCCACAGCUUGCAUGUUCAUUGAUGCCAAUCUGUGAAGUUUUUGGGUCAUGUGUACCGAAUAUCUCAUGGACACUAACAUCAGGGGAAGAAAUAUCUGCCCAUGCUGUGUUUUCAAAUGCAUUUAUUCUUCUUUUAAAGCUAUGGAGAUUUAACCGGCCUCCACUUGAAUAUGGAAUUGGAGAUGUACCCACAGUUGGUUCUCAAUUAACUCCUGAAUACUUACUAUUAGUACGUAAUUCCCACUUAAUGUCAGCUGGUAACAUCCACAAAGAUCGCAACAGGAGGAGACUCUCAGAAAUAGCAAGUUUAUCAUCGCCUAAUUCUGUAUUUGUUGACUCCUUUCCAAAAUUAAAAGUGUGGUAUCGGCAGCAUCAAGCAUGUAUAGCUUCAACACUCUCUGGUCUUGUCCAUGGAACCCCAUUUCAUCAGAUUGUUGAGGGGCUUCUUAACAUGAUGUUCAGAAAGAUUAAUAGAGGAAGCCAGACUACUAUUACAUCUGGAAGCAGUAGCUCUUCUGGACCUGCAAAUGAAGAUGCCUCUAUAGGUCCAAAGUUGCCUGCUUGGGAUAUUCUUGAAGCCAUUCCCUUUGUGGUUGAUGCUGCUCUUACAGCCUGUGCUCAUGGAAGACUGUCUCCACGUGAGUUGGCAACAGGGCUUAAAGAUUUAGCUGAUUUUCUUCCUGCAUCUCUGGCAACCAUAAUAAGUUACUUCUCUGCUGAAGUAACUAGAGGAGUUUGGAAACCUGUAUUUAUGAAUGGAACAGAUUGGCCUAGCCCCGCUGCGAAUCUACUGAACGUUGAGGGACAGAUCAGGAAAAUUUUGGCUGCGACUGGUGUAGAUGUGCCUAGCCUUGCUUCAGGAGACAGCUGUCCCGCAACACUUCCAUUGCCCUUGGCUGCCUUCACAAGCCUUACCAUAACCUACAAAGUUGAUAAGGCAUCAGAGCGUUUUCUUAAUUUGGCUGGCCAAACAUUGGAGAGCCUCGCUGCAGGUUGUCCAUGGCCUUGCAUGCCAAUUGUAGCUUCCUUGUGGACCCUGAAGGCAAAACGUUGGAGUGACUUCCUUAUCUUCUCAGCAUCUAGAACUGUCUUCCUCCACAACAGUGAUGCAGCAGUUCAACUUCUAAAGAGCUGCUUCACAGCUACCCUUGGCAUGAAUAGCUCUCCUAUCUCAAGCAGUGGUGGUGUUGGAGCCCUACUUGGACAUGGAUUUAAGUACCACUUAUGUGGAGGGCUUUGCCCUGUUGCUCCAGGAAUUCUCUAUUUACGUGCGUAUGGGUCAAUCAGAGAUGUUGUUUUCUUGACGGAAGAAAUUGUUUCCAUCUUGAUGCACUCUGUGAGGGAAAUUGUAUGCAGUGGCCUGCCAAGGGAUCGAUUGGAAAAGUUGAAAGCAAACAAAGAUGGCAUAAAAUAUGGACAGGUUUCCCUCGCUGCUUCAAUGACUCGGGUGAAGCUUGCUGCUGCCCUCGGGGCCUCUUUAGUAUGGAUAUCAGGAGGGUUGAUGCUGGUUCAAUUAUUAAUAAAAGAAACUUUGCCAUCCUGGUUUAUAUCUGUUCAGAGAUUAGACCAAGAAGAAAAGUCAGGUGGAAUGGUUGCAAUGCUUGGUGGAUAUGCACUUGCUUACUUUGCAGUUCUUUGUGGUGCUUUUGCUUGGGGGGUUGAUUCAUCAUCAUCAGCUUCAAAGCGACGUCCGAAGGUUUUAGGUACCCACAUGGAGUUUCUGGCAAGUGCACUUGAUGGUAAGAUAUCACUAGGAUGUGAUUCAGCUACUUGGCGUGCCUAUGUGUCAGGUUUUGUGAGCUUGAUGGUAGGUUGCACACCUAACUGGGUGCUGGAAGUAGAUGUGCACGUGUUGAAGAGACUGAGCAAUGGGUUGAGGCAGUUGAACGAAGAGGAGCUUGCUCUUGCUUUGUUGGGUGUUGGUGGAGUAGGUACAAUGGAUGCUGCAGCUGAGCUCAUCAUAGACACUGAAAUAUAAACAUUUUCACUAUUCUGAGGGCACCUUUGCCUUUUAGGAUGAGUUGUACAUUAGUUAAUUUUCAUGUUUAUAAAGUUGUGCAGCAUGUUGAAUUAACAGUUUUGUUGAAAAGUACCACGUAUUGGAAUGGAAAAUUUUGUAUCUAUAACGUUCAUCUAAUGUUAGCAACUUGGUAUAUCCAUCCCCAAUUCGAUGAAUGUCCUCUGUUUUAUUGUGUGUCA